AGUGUUAAUGACAAUAUUAAUAAUGUUAAUGUUAAUAAUGAUAAUGAAAAUAAUAAGAGUAACAAUAAUAAUGAAUAUGAUGACCACGAUAUUAAUGAUAAUAAUAAAAACGAAGACGAUAAUCACAACACUAACAGUCGUACUAAUGAUAUGCAUACAGAUAAUACUGAUAUUAAAAAUAACAAAAAAAAAAAUAAGUAAUGGCGAUAACUGACAACAAAGACAACAGUAACAUCAAUAACAAUGAAACUACUAAUAGUGAAUAAUAACGAUAGUACUAGUAGAGUCAGCGUGGAAAGGAAAGUUACAACGUUCAGACUUAUAAUGAGAAUUUUUUAUUCCUGAUAGUGGCAACAGUUUUAGAAAUCAGAAUGUUACUUUUACCAUACUAGUGCAACUACCGCUAAUAAACCACCUACUUAUAUACAGUUUGUAGCUUUCUUCUGUAUUUUGCAUCUUCCUCCAAACACAUGACGGCUGUGAUCAAAGAUACUGUUAAGAGUUUGCAGUCUGAAAAUGGCAGUACAAAGCGUCCUUAGUCUGACCCACAGCGACCCACACUCCUGGCAUCCCUCUAACCCACCUGUGCAUCUUGCUUAUAACAGUCCCUGCUUAUCACUCUCGGCAUCGGCAAAUCACAUCUCCUUCUGCCUGUUUUUUUUUUUUUUUUUUCUCUCGCUCUCCUUCCUUCUUUCCCUUUCCCCUAUGCUUGCUUCUAUCCUCCCCCUUGUUUUUUCUCUAUCCAUCUUCUUUCGGUGUGUGGACAGGUCCGGCCGUCCACCAUGCGGCUGCCUCGACCCUCUCGCCACAUCGCCGUGCCGGUCAUCACGGCCCAAAACUCGCGCCCCUCCAAGAAGACUUCCAAUCUCAGAAGCUUCCUGCCGAGGGGACGUCGAAGGCAGCUCGAAGAGGUGUUCACGGGGCCGAAGGAUAAAGUAAAGAUCCCCGAACCGUGCCUGACGUGCGGGAAGGAGCAGAACCCGGAGCGGUUCCACAGCCACCCGCUCGACAUCAUGAAGUUUAAGCCGAAGACGGAGGAGCGCGCCAAGGCCAGGGCGCUGAGCAAGCUCAUCGUGACCAAACCCACGGCACUCAAGUACAAAAGUCGAAGCGUCGACGUAGAGAACAAGGCCCCGGGCGGGCGGAGGAGCAAGCUCAAGCCGCCCUCGACGGCCUCCAAGAAAUCCCGCAGCGUGGACAGCUCGCCCGUCCCCGCUAAGAAGGGCCAGAGCGCGAUCCCGCUCAAGAAGUUCAUCAGUGAUCAAAAGGCUUCCAUGAACAAAACCAAAGACUUCACCGUCGAGAUCUUCGACGCGCAGUCUUCGCCGAGGAGCGAGGGCAGCUCCAGCCCGCCGGCGCCGCAGAAAAGGCGCGAGACGUCCAGACAGAACGGGGAGAGCGAGCGCAAGAAGGGGGCGCCACCUCAUCCUCGACACAUGGGCAAGAUCGAGGAGGAGCGUGAAAGCCGACCUGAAGGGACCACGAAGACCCGGAGACCCGAGAACGGAAGCCGGGGAUCCGAGAACGGGACCCGCGGAGGACAGAGAGCCACCGGAACGGCGCCCACCCGCGUGUGCUACAUCUGCGGGCGGGAGUUCGGGAGUCGGUCCUUAGCCAUCCAUCAGCCACAGUGCCUCGAGAAAUGGAGGCGGGAGAACGAGAAACUACCACGCAACCUGCAGCGUCCGGAACCCGAGCUUCCCGAACACGAACUCACACACGAGGAGUGGAAUGAAUACGCGUGGAAGACGGCACAGGCCCAGCUCGUGCCGUGUGAAUGGUGUGGCAGGACCUUCUUCCCCGAGAGGCUCGAGGUUCACCAGCGGGGAUGCAAGCCGCCUCCAGGAGCGACGAAGAAGGCGCAGAGGUCCUCGAACCGCCCCGACACUUCAUCCAAUCUCAACGCCUCCCAAUCCCUGAGUAAACCCACGAUCGUCUGCUACAUCUGCGGGCGCGAGUUCGGCUCCAGCUCCAUCAAGAUCCACGAGCCGCAGUGUCUGAAGAAGUGGCGCAUCCAGAACGAGAAUCUGCCGGACAACCUGAAGAGACCCGAGCCCAAGAAGCCGGAAGUGGUUUACAACGAAGAAGGCAAGGUUGACAAGGAAGCGAUGGCGGAGGCGGCGUGGAAGACACAUCUCGAGACACUCGUUGCAUGCAAGUGCGGACGGACCUUCUUCCCCGACCGUCUUAUCGUGCACCAGAAGGCGUGCCUGAAGGAGGCGUGAUAGAGGCGACGGCUUCGCUUGCUUCUUCCCCUCCUACUUCGCCCUUCCCCGCCCUCAACCUUGUGAUAGAAACACGCUUCCCCCGGGGAAAGUUCCUUUUGGAUGCCUGCUACCUGUUUUAGACGCGUCCGUCGCCCCUCUCGACACCCAGGUUUCGAAGUUGUCCGCCUCGAACUUCCCGGGUUUCGAAGAUGCCUGAUUCGAACUUCCCGGUUUCGAAGCAGCCGGUCUCGAAUUGUCUCGAACUUCCCGGUUUCGUAGCUGUCUGUCCGGCGACUCUGACUCUGGCCGUAGACGUCGUGUGUGUCGUCGGGCUUCGAGACUAAAGUUGGCCGCUGUGAAUGCUCAGUAUGCUUGUGUAAAUAGACGAUUCAAAAGAUUUUUUUAUGCAAGACAGACAUUAAUUUUGUAAGGCUUUUAUGGACCCCCAGUUGAAAAGAAGAAAUAAGAAGAGUCUGUGAAUAAUGAGACGAACUCAGGACAAAAAUCGAAGAUGAGGGACUGACGUAUUAGUUCAGCGGGGAUGUGCACACAGAUCAGUUUAGUUAUUCAAAAGGCUAAUUUUGCUCACAUUUAAAUUACGUAUAAUAUGAUCAUGAAGGGAAAACUCAUGACGAUAUGCUGAAGAAAUGUGCUUCAAGAUAACUGCUUAGAAAAUCAUUUAUAGAAAUGCCAUCAUAAUGUUAAUAGAACAUAGAAAAGACCAAUAAAGGCGCGUACCUGGUCACGUCGGUUAUGCCAUGACGUCAUAACAAGCUAUGACGUGAACUAGUGACGUCAGACCAUUGUGUUUAAAAAUAUCUCGAGGCGGAGAUCAAUGCCGUAAAGGCAGCGGCAGGUGAGCUCUGUGCAGGUCCCACAAGAUCAAUGACGCAACCAUGUUAUAUCGCCUAAUGGCUCCUUGUCCGCGCUGCCUUCACAGAACCCUUCAGAAACAUCACUCUACACAUGCGCCAUUUUCCAGACUUCAGCGGUAGAAAUAGUCACUCAAAUUAACUUGCACAUACACUCACAUAGGCCUCGUGUACAAUGGAAUCCUUAGUCAAACAUAUGACAAGUCAAUGCAUGCACGCACACGCACGCAAACACACACACACACACACACACACACACACACACACACACACACACACACACACACACACAUACACACACAUACACACACA